AUGAGCAAGAAGCGUGAGGCUGAGUUUCAGAAGCUGCGUCGUGAUCUCGAAGAAUCCACCCUGCAGCAUGAGGCCACCGCUGCAGCUCUGCGCAAGAAGCAGGCUGACACUGUGGCAGAGCUGGGAGAACAGAUUGAUAACCUCCAGAGAGUCAAACAGAAGCUGGAGAAGGAGAAAAGUGAAUUCAAGAUGGAGAUUGAUGACCUCACCAGCAAUAUGGAGUCUGUCGCCAAAUCGAAGGUCAAUCUGGAGAAACUGUGCCGGUCUCUGGAGGAUCAAUUGAGUGAGAUAAAGGCCAAAAAUGAAGAACAUGUGCGACAGCUGAAUGAUAUUGGGCUUCAAAGGGCAAGGCUGCAAACAGAGAAUGGUGAAAUCUCUCGCCACCUGGAGGAGAAAGAAGCCCUGAUCUCUCAGCUGACGCGGAGCAAGCAGGCUUAUACCCAGCAGACUGAAGAGCUAAAGAGGCAUAUUGAAGAGGAAGUUAAAGCCAAGAAUGCCCUGGCUCAUGCUGUUCAGUCAGCUCGUCAUGACUGCGACCUGCUCAGGGAGCAGUAUGAGGAGGAGCAGGAGGCCAAGGCUGAGCUGCAGCGUGCAAUGUCCAAGGCCAACAGCGAGGUGGCUCAGUGGAGAACCAAAUACGAGACUGAUGCCAUUCAGCGCACUGAGGAGCUGGAGGAGGCAAAGAAAAAGCUUGCCCAGCGUCUUCAGGAUGCAGAGGAAACCAUUGAGGCUGUGAAUGCAAAAUGUGCCUCUCUGGAAAAAACAAAACAGAGACUGCACGGUGAGGUGGAGGACCUGAUGGUCGAUGUGGAGAGAGCUAAUGCUCUGGCUGCUAACCUCGACAAGAAGCAAAGGAACUUUGACAAGGUCCUUGCUGAGUGGAAGCAGAAGUAUGAGGAGAGCCAGGCAGAGCUGGAGGGAGCACAAAAAGAAGCUCGUUCUCUUAGCACUGAGAUGUUCAAGCUGAAAAACUCCUAUGAAGAAGCUCUGGAUCACCUGGAGACUCUGAAGAGGGAGAACAAAAAUCUGCAACAGGAGAUCUCCGAUUUAACCGAGCAAAUUGGUGAGACUGGAAAAACCAUUCAUGAAUUGGAGAAAGGGAAAAAGGCUGCAGAGACAGAGAAGUCCGAACUCCAGACUUCACUUGAAGAGGCAGAGGCUACCCUGGAGCAUGAGGAGUCCAAGAUUCUCCGCAUUCAGCUUGAGCUCACACAAGUCAAGGGUGAAAUUGACAGGAAAAUUGCAGAGAAGGACGAGGAGAUUGAGCAGAUCAAGAGGAACAGCCAGAGAGUAAUCGAGACCAUGCAGAGCACUUUAGAUGCUGAGGUCAGAAGCAGGAAUGAUGCCCUGAGAAUCAAGAAGAAGAUGGAGGGAGACCUCAAUGAGAUGGAGGUUCAGCUGAGCCAUGCCAACCGCCAGGCAGCUGAAGCCCAGAAACAGCUGAGAAACGUACAAGGACAGCUUAAGGAUGCACAACUGCACCUUGAUGAAGCUCUCAGAAGUCAGGAGGACAUGAAGGAGCAGGUUGCCAUGGUGGAGCGCAGGAACAACUUGAUGCUGGCUGAGAUCGAGGAGCUGAGAGCUGCACUGGAGCAGACAGAGAGAGGCCGCAAAGUGGCUGAACAGGAGCUGGUUGAUGUCAGCGAGCGCGUGACACUACUGCACUCUCAGAAUACCAGCCUUAUCAACACCAAGAAGAAGCUGGAGGCUGACCUUGUCCACAUCCAAGGUGAAGUAGAAGAUUCUUUCAGGAAGCAAGAAAUGCUGAAGAAAAGGCCAAGAAGGCCAUCACUGAUGUGAGCGGCCAUGAUGGCAGAAGAGUUGAAGAAGGAGCAGGACACCAGUUCUCAUUUGGAGAGGAUGAAGAAGAACCUGGAGGUGACAGUGAAGGACCUGCAGCACCGCCUGGAUGAAGCUGAGAAUCUGGCCAUGAAGGGCGGCAAGAAGCAGCUCCAGAAACUGGAGGCGAGGGUUCGCGAAUUGGAGAGUGAAGUUGAUGCUGAACAGAGGCGUGGUGUUGAUGCUAUCAAGGGAGUACGAAAAUAUGAGAGAAGAGUAAAGGAACUCACCUAUCAGACUGACGAGGACAAGAAGAAUAUUGCUCGACUUCAGGAUUUGGUGGACAAGCUGCAGCUGAAAGUGAAAUCUUACAAGCGACAUGCUGAAGAGGCUGAGGAACAGGCCAACACUCACCUGUCCAGGUACAGAAAGGUUCAGCAUGAGAUGGAGGAGGCUCAGGAGCGAGCUGACAUCGCUGAGUCCCAGGUCAACAAGCUGAGGGUGAAGAGCCGGGAAAUGCACAAGACCAAGGAAGCAGAGGAGUGAGGAGGAAGUCAAGGUUAUACAGUAACAA